AUGUGGACUAUCUUGUCCGCUGUGGCUACAGGCGUGGGAGCCCAUUGUCUCUUCUUCAACCGCGGCGAACAUCACAUGUACCCCAUCAAGUACAUGCAGCUCUUCUUCCUCAUUUGUGCUGGCAGUGGCAUCUACCUGAGCAAUGUUGCCGGACUCUCCCCUCUCGCCGCCGCUUCGACCGUGUCCGCGCUCGCCUUCAGCUGGCUGGUCGGCGUGUACUCGAGCCUUCUGGUCUAUCGACUUUGGCUGCAUCCCCUCGCUCGAUUUCCCGGUCCCUGGCAAGCACGACUGAGCGACCUGUGGCUCUCGACCAAGCUCUCGAAUCUGGACGGCUAUUAUGUGAUUGAUGGCUUCCACCAGAAGUACGGGAAGUAUGUUCGAGUGGGUAGCAAUGUCCUGUCCAUUACAGAUCCGGCGAUCAUGCAACCUGCAUAUGGCACGAAUGCGAAAGCCGCCAAGUCGGACUGGUAUGAUGGCACGGGACCGCAUCACAGUAUGCAAUCAGUGCGCAGCAAAGCCGUGCAUGAUCGGCGUCGAAGGUUGUGGGCUCCCGCGUUCAGUGACAAAGCGGUCCGAGAGUACGAAAAAACGGUACAUGAACUCAACGACAAGUUAAUAUCGAGAAUCGACGGAUUCCGAGGCGAGCCUGUCAAUAUGACGACCUGGUUUAAUUUGUACAGCUUCGACGUGAUGGGCAGAUUAGCCUUUGGCAAAGAGUAUCAUAUGAUUGAAAAUGGAAAACGACACUGGGCCCUCGAUCUACUGACCGAGGGAAUGGAAAUCAGUGGGUUCAAGGUACCAACGUGGGUGUUCCGCGUACUCAUUUCGGUUCCUGGUCUUGCUGGUGGAUACUAUAAAUUCUUGAAUUUUUGCACGUCUGAGCUCAAAUGGCGUGUCGAGAAUGACGGCAAAGUGACUGGCAAAGACAUUACGGGAUGGUUGCUCAAGGCAUACGCCGACGAGAAGCACCCCGAGGCGGAUCUCAUGUUGCAAGGUGAUGCUCGCUUGAUCAUUGUUGCCGGAUCCGACACGACAUCAGCGACGCUCACGUACUUGUUUUAUCACCUGGCGAAGAGCCGGGAGCAGGUAGAGAGGCUCCGACAGGAGCUGAGACCCUUGACAACUGGUGACUGGAGCGACAAGGACAUCCAACAUGCCGAUCAUCUCAACGGGGCAAUCAACGAGGCUCUGAGGCUUCAUCCUCCCGUGCCAUCGGGGUUGUAUCGCUUGACGCCGCCAGAAGGGAUGCAAGUGGGCGACGUGUAUAUCCCUGGUGGCGUGACCUUUUUCGCUCCCCAGUACAGCAUGGGACGAGAUGAAGACAUCUACACCGACGCGAAUGCAUUUGUUCCGGAACGAUGGUACUCGAAGCCAGAGAUGAUCAAGCAUCCUGACGCGUUUGCACCCUUCUCAAUGGGCCCGUUUGGUUGCAUUGGAAAGAAUCUUGCUCGUAUGGAGUUGCGUACAUUGACUGCUCGACUGCUGCUCAAGUAUGACAUUGCCUUUGCCCCUGGUGAAGAUGGCACCCGAAUUCUGACGGAGACCAAGGAUCACUUCACCCUGACCGUAGGACAGCUGGACCUCGUCUUCACGCCCGCUACGAGUUGAUAGGAAAAGAAGGAAGAAAAAGGGGGGCUUUGAGAAGCGCGGCGCUGCCGGAAAGUGUACGACAGACAGAUUCGUGUAACAUGAGUAGCUGAGCUUGUGUAACACGGCUGUAUCCAUUGCAUAUCUCAC